UUAAAGUCAGCUGCAUGUAAAAAAAUGAGUAAAAUAUAAAACCGUGUUUCCAAAGUUAUCAACUAACGCAAUUAAAUAAAUAGCAAAAAGAAAUAGCAAAAGCAAUAGAUAGAAUCCAUAUUUCAAAAUUUUUAAAAAUUUUCCACGAAAGAAAAAAAAUGCUGUUACAUUCAUUUAAAAACAAACUAUUACUGCAAAAUAUGUCGAUAAAUUUUAAACUACACAACCGGAACUUUUUAAAUAGAAUUGCUUAUAUAAUAAAAAAUUUUACGGAACCAAAACUAUCGGAACCACCAUUUAAUCACAUUACACAAAUUGGGGAUCCGAUACUUAGAAAACGUGCAAGCUCUGUCCCAGAAGAUAGCCUUCAAACUAAUGAAGUAAAAUUAUUGAUAGAUCAAAUGAUUAAAGUUUUGAGAAAAUAUCAACUAGUUGGAAUUGCUGCACCACAAAUAGGUAUAAGUUUGCGAAUAAUGGUAAUGGAAUUUUCCGAGAAACCUAAAGAUCAGAUAUCUAGCGUUUUACAUUCAUCAAAACAAAUGCAAAACUUUCCUUUAAAGGUUUUUAUUAAUCCAGAAAUGAAAAUUACAAAUUAUAACAAGAUAAGUUUUGAGGAAGGAUGUGCAAGUGUAAAAGGCUUUACAGGUGAAGUCGAUAGAUAUGAAGAAAUUAUUUUAAGUGGAUUUGAUAUCAAAGGUGAAAAGCAAAAUGUGAAUUUAAAAGGAUGGAAUGCCAGAAUCGCCCAACAUGAAAUGGACCAUUUAAAUGGCGCUCUAUAUAUAGAUAAAAUGAAUUCUAGAACUUUUAGGUGCACAUUAUGGGAAACUAUAAAUGCAAAUGGCGGCAGAAUUGAAAUACCUUAUUAUAAAUGAGAUAUAUCAAUUUUACAACUUCUUCAUUCAACGAUUUGAACAACAAAUGACAAAAGAUUGAAAAAAGCCGAAAUAAUCGAAAUAUUUUACCAAUUUAAAAAUUAUUUAUGAUUACAUACCGUUUUCUGGUUUUACAUUCUUUAAUUCAGUCAUUGUAUUAGAUUUUUGUACACUUUUGCAGCUAAAUCGCGGUUAAUUCGAUUAAUAUAAAACUAAAAGUGUAAAGCGUAUUUUUAACAUUUUUGCUAAAUCGUUCCUAAGAUGCGAUAUGCACGAUUUAUUGAAACGGACUAGUUUUGCUUGUAAUCAAAAUUUAAAUUAAGUUUGAUGAAAAAGAAAUUGGAGCUUUUCUUUUCUUACAUAUAAAAAUAUGUAUUAUAAGUGUAUAUAUCAUCCCAGAAAUAAUUUUAAUAAACAAAGUAUAUUAUUCAUGUAAAUAUUAUAUGUACAAAUAUACUUUGAUAUAUUUUUUUUAUUAGAAACCUAAUAACAAAAUUUUCAUAUAUGUACAUGCAUAGAUAAAAAAAAAUUUUGUUACGAAAAUUCUUUGCGAAAGUUUUGUUCGUAGUGCUGAGAUAUUUUCAAACACUUUUCAGAUAAAUAAAAGUUUAAUCAUUGGAAAAUGCUUAAAUUGAUUGGAAUUUGUAUUCGCCUCGUAAUCAUACAUUGGUAGCCAACUUUUCACGAUAGUUAGGCAAAAUUUAACGUUUGAUUACUAGCAAAAAUUUUAAUUUUACAUGAAUUUUAAUUUGUUCAGCAAUUAAGUUUUAAUUUCUCACUAUACUGACGGGUUAAAUUAAGUAUAUAUGUGUAUAUUGCAUUUAAAAAUUUCUUUUUUUUAUUAGGAAACUAAUUUUUUUUGUUUUAUGAAUUUGCAAAAUUUCUAUUUCAAUUCGAAGACAUUAUUUAACGUUUUAACGAAACAAUCAAGCAAAUAAAUCAUAAAAAUUUAAGCUUGAUUAAAUGUACAUACAUAUAUGAGCUUUUUGUUUUUGUCGGAUGUUAAGCAAAUACGUGAUGAAACAGUCAUAUAUAAAAAUCAUUGUUUGUUCUAUCUACUGUUUAAAAAGUAAAUAAAAAUGUUCACUAACAGUUUUAAUUUAUGUACCUACAUCCAUGAACAUUCAUACAUAUGUAAAAAUUUAUGAAUGUACCAAUGUAUUACAUAUUAAGCGUUUAUAAACUAAAAAAGGAAAACUAUAAAUGCAGACUUAAUGUAUUUAUAUUUAUUAAAAUAACAUGUAAUCUUGUCCACGCCGUGUUUAUUGACUAACAUCUAUUUAGUUUCUACAUUUUUUUGAAUUUUGUAUUUUGAAAAAUAUAUGUAUUGUACAUAUGUAUACAUAUUUCAAUCAAUACGUAGAGCUAAUAACUAAAAAAGAGGUUAAAGAUUUUUUUUUCAAAUUCUUAUAAAUGUAAAUAGUUAUGCAUUUGUUAUAAAUAUAAGUUUACUAUCUUAAAUAUCCAUAUAUACAUACACAAAUAUAACAUACAGUAUAUUACUUCGGCAAAUUUAUUUCACCCAAAAAUAAAUCACAGCCAUCUUUAUAGGAGGUACAUUAUAGGAGUCUAUGAUUUGCUACAAGGGAAAUUUAUAUACAUACAUAUGUACACAUGUAUGUGCAUUUCUUGAGAAAAAUAUUCAUAUUCAAAACUUCUAAUAAAAUAAGUAUUUCAAAUUUUUAGACGA